AUGGCCUCAGCACGCGCAUUGCACUUGUAGAUCAGCGGACAGCGUGAACGUGCUAGGAGGCGGGGAUCAUUUUGUUGUCACCGUCGAAGAUGAUUGAACGUCGACGGCCAGAGAUUUUCACGCUUGAAUAAAAGUGAUUUCAGGUCUUACAGUGUGCGCCGAUAACGAAGUUUAUCGUGAUAAGGAAAAAGCAAGGAUCCAUAUGACGGCGCACGACGAGGCACUCGGAUUCUAAGAUGAGUCUUACCCAGGCACAGCUGUGCCUCGGCGGCACGGAUUUUGUCUGGUGACCCGCACCUCCUAGAGACACACUGCACAUCUUGAUGGACGAUCCAGAUUGACCAGGGCUUGAGUUUUAGUUUCUCUGAGACUUGACCAAUAAUCUCGCCAUAAUGUCUGUCUCUACGGUUUUAGCAAAAGCGCUGUUUGACAACACGGCAGAGAGCCCGGAGGAGCUGGCUUUCCGGAAAGGUGACAUUCUGAUGGUGCUUGAACAGGAGCAGGGUGGGGGGCCGGGCUGGUGGCUCUGUUCUCUUCAUGGAAGACAGGGCAUUGCCCCUGCCAACCGCCUUCGUCUUCUUCAGACUGCCCCGCCCCCAGGCUCAGAUGCUCGCCGUGGCCCUGGCGAGGACUCUGUUUACCUUUCACCCGGUGCCCCACUGACUCGAUCUAUUGUCAGCAGCAGUGCCGAGGACAUAGAUGGAGUGUAUCGCUCUCCUCCAGGUGCAGGUGAAGGCCGAGGCGCUUUAAGGCCUGGAGAGCUCCGCAGAGUCGAGGGUGGGCGUCCACGUUCUCACUCGAGCUCUGGCACCCGGCCCAGACCUGACUGGGAUAUUGGAGUGGCAGGACGUCCACGCUCGCCUUCUUUGAGGGGAAGAGGCACAGAAAUGACAGGAAUGCUCUAUCAGACUCCGGUCAAUCCCAUACAAGCAUCAGCAGCUCAGCAUGCCAUGCAACCAGGAGCUGUAAUGGCUCAAGAGUCUGUCUACCUCUCCCCCAGUGGAGCACAAAGGUCAGCUGAUGAGCCAGAGGACACUACAUAUCUCAUUCCUAGAGAAACACUAACAGGACACUCGGAUGACUGUUACUUGGUACCCAAAGGUACACCACUCGCAGGUGAUGAUGUUUACCAAUCCCCCACAGGAGGAGUUGCGUCUACCUCUGUCUGCUGUAAUGGCCCUUCUGCAGUCAAUGUUACACCCCAGUCCAAAGUGAGUCACGACUCACCUGCAAUGUACCAAACACCCACUGCUGUGGGAGCAAACCUUCACAGGACUCCAGCCACUGUUUUGGCACACCAGCACCCAGCUCAAUUAUCCCCAGCUCAAGCAUCUCCCAGAUUUAACCCUACUGUUGCCAGAGGCAAACCUGGCCUCGCCAGUCACCGGGGAUCGCCUUUGUUGGUCAGAGCAGGGCAGGUCAGGGUUCCAGGGUCACCAAACUUUACCCGCAAGCCACCUCCACCUGCACCGCCGGUGAGGGGAGUCACCAGAAAAGAUGCACAACAAGCAAUGCAAUCAUCAUCAGUCGAUUCCAACUCUGUUCCCAAACUUGGUCCUCAGACAAACUCUGCAAGUUUACAGCAGGAAGAAGACAAACCGAAGGAAACUCCUCCGAGUAGGGAGGAACGUAUGAAUAAUGGGCUGGAGAAAAUCAUGAAUGUGCACAACAAAAAAGGAGGAAAAGAGGACCGCUUAGAUUCUGUGGAUGACCAGGUGUAUGACACUCCUCCCAGUGGCAGAUGGCAGCGUCCCAUCCUGUCUUCCCUUGGUGACGAUGACAGCAUCUAUGACACCCCUCGCAGUGUCCCACCACAAGCUGACUCUGAGACAGAGGUCUAUGAUGUUCCCACCAUCACUCUGAAUGUGUCAGCAGCUGAUGUUCAGCCUGAUGAGAUUGAUGAUGAAGUCUACAGUGUCCCCACACUUCCAGGUGUGCCUUUGGGGCCAGGAGAGUCCACCACCAGCCUCACUGUUGAGGACGUUGCCCAUGUUGGACAAGCUUAUUGUGUUCCCGGACCUGAGAAACGAGCCAGCGGUGGAGAUCAUAACCAAGACUUGUCUGAGCCCGACUGUGGCAUCUAUGACAUGCCUGCUUUGAUUAUUGAAGUCUUCCCUCACUCCUCCUCAUCCUCCUCCACUUCCACACGCCGCCUGUCUUGUUCUAGUAAUGGUUCAGGAGAUGUGCAGUGGAGAGCUAAUCUUUCCAGUCUUGUCCACUCAGUGCUGAGCACGUCCUCUGGCCUGGCCUCGUCUCUGUCAUCACGUGACCUGGCCACCUCAUUGGCUGAAAUCCUGUCCACAUGGAAAGCCAGUCAUCCAGGUGACCCACCUCCACCUCUUCAGCAGGCUUGGGCUCGUCUAUCAGAUCUGCUGCCGGCGUUAUCUGCUAUUGGCGGCGCUCCUCCAUCUGAGGGGCUCUUGUCGCUGAUUCAGCGGUCCCUUGAGGAGAGCGCCCUCCUUCUGCAGGCCCAGGGACGACCUCGCCUGCCUUCCCAAGAAUCCCUGUCCCGCAGGCCAUUGCCCGCUCUCCCCGUGCCUGAUGGGAAGUCAUCUGGUGGGAUGGGCUCUCGUAAAGGCAGCUGGAUCCAGGAGAGACCCCUGCCUCCAACCCCUCAGCCUGCCUUCCCUUUGCCUCCUGCUCCAUCAACUGUUACUCUCACAGUGGGACCUAUUAACGGAGAAGACGAUCCCAGCAAUGAGUACGCUGGUAUCGGCUUGACUCCUAAUCCUGCUCCAGUUCCCACUGGAGACAGUGUUGGAUAUGUCAAACUGCAGGGCAAACCAGAGCCUGAUGUCAUGGUCGAAAACGGACAAAUACAAACCAUCACCACAGAACCAAGGUUGACCCCUUCCCCUCCUCUGCCGGUGUCCCUCUCGCUGGAGGAUUCGGAGCUGCUGUCCUUCUACUCGUCUCAGAGCCUCGCUCACCUCUCCUGCCUGGCUGAUGCCAUCGAUGUGCUCUUCGGCAGCGUGCAGGGGAACCAGCCCCCCCGCAUCUUUGUUGCACGAGGAAAGAGUCUCAUUGUGACGGCACACAAACUGGUCUUCAUCGGGGACACUCUCUCCCGCCUGCUCACUUCUGCUGACCUGCGGACCAAGAUCACAACCUCAGGUGGGCGACUCUGCCAGGCCUUGAAGGCGGUCGUGGUGGCAACAAAGGGAGCUGCACAAAACUACCCCUCAGUAUCAGCCACUCAGGAGAUGGUGGACCGUGUCGCUGAGCUCUCCCAGCAGGCGGCUGGCUUCUCCACACUACUCCAGCGGCUGGCAGAAAUAUCUUCAUGAUAUUUCUAAUCUCUUAUGUAAAUUUAUAUACACUACACAUAUAUUUUCUCUCUUUCUCAAAUGCCUUAUUUGUUGGUACCUUUUGAAUGGGAUUGGUGUAAGUGAAGUCGAAUCCUGAAGUAAGUGUUUAUCCUUGCUGCAGCUGUGACUAAACUGGGUUUGGACUGCUGGUUCUGUCUUUAAAUUGUGUGCUGGUUUUCCUUUGUUUAUAUUCUGACCUCUGUGCUUUGAUGCUGAGCACACCUUCUUUUUUUGAGUGUUAACUUAUUGACUAUUUGAAGUCCCUCUAAGGCUUUGAUUGUCCAUGCAGAAUGCUUAUUUUGGGAGCUUUACUUAUUAUGUUUGCUGUGUCCCCCUCACACACACGAUAGCCAUGUGUCCUUCCUUCCUCUAUUUAUUUAGCCAUCCCACAUAUUUCAAAAAUAGCACAGAAGGAGACCUUGCAUCCUGUUUCUGACCCCAUUUUUGCUAUGAUACCUGAAAGGCCUCUUGUGAUAUUCAUUUUGAAGCAGUUGAGGCAGCACAGCAAGUGAUUGGGGCUAAAAAUUGUAGAAAAGGAAGAGGACUUGGAUGCGGGCAGGACAUUUGCCUUCCAUUCAUAAUAUGUGCAUGUGUGUGUUUUGUUUGUGUAGUGCCAAUUUCUCCUUUGCACACAGAGGUAUGACAGUAGCUGUAACCUGUAACGUCUUGAGGUUCUAAUCCACUCAUUGAAGAAACAUCUACAUUUUUCAGUUUGCAUUCAUGCAGCCUCAUGGAUUAACGCAGCCUCGUGGAUUAACACCCCUGUCUGACAGAGAUAAUAUCUAAGAAUUAAUGAAGUAACUGUCAGUGAGCAAUGGUAGUUGGUUGAGAAAUUGCCUCAUCCUGUUCUUUCCCACAGUCUUGUGAUAUUCUUUCAGUAGAUGUCAAACUUGUUGACCAAGGUUACCAGUCCCUACAUGUUCUGCAUUGCCCCACAUUUGUUUGACUUUCUUUGCUUGUUGUUGUCACUUGUCAACAGUGCCUCUGAUUUUUAGUCGGCGACCUUGCUGUGUGGGGCUAGGAUAGAAACUCUGGCUGGUUAUUAUAUACAUAAGAACAUAACAGUGGAAUGCAGUUAACUGAAAAUCAGUUGUUUUGUAUUUUCUUAUCAAUAUAUUUACCAUAAUGAUAUGUCCCAGCCAAAGUAUAAACCGAAAUGAAGCACAGUCCACUUUCUCAUUGAAAUAAGGCAAUCUUGAAUUGUAAUCCCAUGAAAACAGUUCUGUUUUGCAUAUCAGACUUCCAUUACCUUCUGACCCUUUUUAUUUACAUCGGACAUUGAAUGCAAUAGUCAUCAACAACAUAAAUACAGCUCAAUAUGAAGCUACUUUUAAACUUGUUUUUCAUAAUCACAUUAGACAGUUUGGUGCUUGAGUGUGCUCUUCAGUUGUGUAUGUAAGUUGUUUUUGGAUUUAUGUUCUGUAUUUUAAAUUAUAUUGCAUAACCCAGGUAACCAUAACAGUAUCACCAGACCACUGCAUAAUCACUUUUUCAGUUGUGUGGCAUAGUGUUAACAUUCUUUUUGAAUAUAAUUUCUUCCUGCGGUUACAUUUUUUUCUCUGCAGCGCCACUUUGUGGACGUUUGACGUAAUCCAUACCUCUCUGCCGUAACACUAUACUAAAUGAAUGAAGGGAGCACAAUAAGUAACCUUUACCUGCAUAUUUAUUAUGAUAAUUUUUCUAUAUAAUGCUUUUCAGUUUGCAUGGCUUUAACUUACUUACAUUUUUUAUAUGAGCAUCCUUCACCAGGGUGAUUUUAGAUGAUUUUCAAUGAACAAAAUAAAACAUCUGGGGAAAAACAUUAAGUUUUGUACAAAAAAAGUUUCAACACUAUGUGAACACGUUUGAGUCUGUUACACAUAUUUGCUGAGGUAUCGAAAUGACUCUUGACUUUUCUCCCACCGGAAGACACAUAAACCUUUUUACUUCACACUACAUUGGAUGUCUGCCUGUCUAUUGUCCCUGUUCAGAAUGCACAAAUACAUCUUUUGCUAUUAAACAAAUGUUUGGAUUA